GCUAUUGCUGGCGCCAUACGCCUGGCAGUGUUUGUCAGGGAAUGAUGAGUGCAGUGCACACACACACACACACACAGAUACUUGUGCUGCUACCGUCCCAGAGAAAGGUAUUGCCCUUAAAACACUACGGAUUACAUCUUUAAUACGUUACAGCCACUGUGUAUUGCGUUGUGUAGUGAUAUAAAGAUUCAAUUGUGUUGCACCGCACUCCAUGACGCUGCGCCGCUGCCAGCCAGCCUCCCCUUAACGAACAACACCACGAAUCACAAGUUCGGGUGGUUCUUUUAGUUUGCAAGGAAGAUACGGUCUCACCAGCCUUCUUAAUAGAAUCUGCUGACUUGAAAAUAGUAGAGACAGUAAGUAGAUGGAGUCAAGCCAUGGUGGCAAGCAAUGCUACUAGUUUACUCGCUUCUCUCGUGUAUGUGAAUAAUAUCCAGCUUCACUUCGAGAGAAAGAGAAUUCCUGUACUAUAACAGUAAGAUUUGUGUCAGUGAGUGAUUGUACGGUACACUGCGUGUGUUUCUGGAAAGUUUCCGACAAUAUGUAUGAACUUAUAGAAGCUUGGAAACCACUGGUGUGUUGUACCAGUUAGCACACCUGAGAGUAAUUGUUGUGUGGUCUGUCUGUGUCUGAGUCAGAGGUUGCUGGCAGGUGACGUCACACAGACCGGCGCCCGCACCCCACCAUGUCGUCCAGCCCACCUGAUCACUUGAAGGAAUGGUUGAAGGCACUGAUGACAGAACCAGCUACACUGGCGCUGGUCAACGGUGUGUAUGAAGGAAAUGAGGGACUGGUGAGGUCUGCUCUUGCUGAGGGUGCUCGCCCCGAUGUCACCGUCCCUACUGAUGCUAAAGUGUCAUGGUGUCUGGUGUGUGAGGCUGCUAGCAGGGGUCACGACCACCUGCUGCCUCACCUACUUCAGGCAGGGCUGAGCAUAGAAGGUGGAGGCACAACUGACAGGACACCGCUUAUGGUGGCUGCUGGGAAGGGCCACACCCGCACGGUGAAGGCACUGCUUUCUAUCGGCGCAAACCCACUCGCGACUGAUAGUAAAGAAACCAACACAGGAUGGACAGCCCUUCACUUUGCUGCCAAGUGGGGCUGGCAGGAGUGUGUAGCAGCGCUCCUGCCCGUCACCCCCACCAUUGCCGCACACCUAAACGGAGCCACACCAGUGCACCUCGCCAGUUACUGUGGUUAUGUGCAGGUACUGGAACAGCUAGUGGAGGCUGGCUGGUCUCUCACCGGCAGGGACAGUAAUGGCCAUACACCUCUGCACUGGGCUGCCAGGGGGGGAAACGUAUCAGCUGUGCGGUGGCUGGUGCAGGGAGGAUGUGAUCCCCGCGUGAAAGACAAGAAUGGCCACACCCCGCAGGAAGUGGCUUUGUUGUGGAGCUGCCACGAAGUAGAGACAUGGCUGGCCAAGAAUUGCGGCAGUGAUGUAACUGUUGGCAGCGAGGCUCCGUGUGUGACUGUGAAGGAUGUGAGGGCGUGGCGGGGCCGGCAUGAAGAUGACCACAACAGAGUGUUGUCCUGGCUGGUGGAGGGCAUCGAGCCAGCCAUGGUUAACAUCCCCGAGGCCAGGGACGGACACGCGGUGAGCAGGGACGGCCUGACGCCCGUCCACACCGCGGCGCUGCGCGGGGCUCCCAGUGGUGCGGUGGAGGCUCUACUGGGACAUGGCGUCAGCCCUCACGUGUUCACCCCCCACAAGCUGACGCCAACUGACCUGGCACGGCAGGAAGGCCAUCUUUCAGUGAUUCAGGCACUGCACGCCCACCAGUGUCCACAGAGUAAUGAAUCCCCUGAACACCUGCACGAAGAGCUACUCUCAACAAUAACUCAUGGGGACAUCGUGCAGGCGGUAUCCACACUCCUGUGUAAAGGUGCCCCCAUAGACCCGUUUGGUGGCAAAUCUGUCCUCAAACUGGCUAUAUCAAACGACCGUCCACUCACAGUCAGCCUGCUGCUGGCUACUGGCGCGGUUCUGCCUGUCAACCUGUUGCGGGAGGCUUGGCAGAGCCCUGACGUGACCUUGAGGGUGCUGGCACACCUAACCACGGCCUACUGCUGCCGGUUGAAAGCAGAACAACAACGCCUGGCAAAGAUUUGCAGUGUCUUUCAAAAGGGCAUUGACAAUCUGAUAAAAACCAUCGAGGGGAAUACACCGUGGCAAGCUCAAUGGAGAUGGGAUAAGGACACUGACCGGCCAGCACUAAGCGACCUCCUGGCAAAGGCAUCAGCAGCUAAUUGCCCAGUAACUGCCGCCUUCUUGUACAGUGCAGGAGCGUGGUCUUUCUUUAGUCCAGUGUCGGGUGGCAGUGCUCUGCACUUGGCCCUGGAGGCCGGCCACCAGGACAUGGCAGAACUGCUGAUUAAGGACCUCGGAGCUUCCCCUUACGUGCCGGACUCACAGAAUCGCCUGCCACUGUACAUGAUGGCCAAAGACGAGCAAAAGAGACUGGAGCAGAAACUAUUCGAAAUGGAGACUGAAAAACUGGAGAAUAUGGUGCUUUCUUUGAAGGCAGAUCACGAAAAGGAAGCUGCACAGACAGCGCUGCGUAUACAGAAGAUUCUUUUUGAGGAUCAGACAAAUUUCAAUGUUAACUUCACCUUAACUGAUACUCGCAACACUCUGCUGCUGGCGUCUCGCAAAGGUCUUCUUCAAUUAAUUCAUUGUAUGCUGCAAAAGGGCUAUUUUUUAGUGGACGAGGUGUUAGAUGAUAUCUGCGGCACCACAGCACUGCACCAGGCGGCCUCGCACGGCCAGGAUGGGUGUGUGGAACUGUUGCUGAGCGUUGGCGCUAAUCCACAGCAAGGCGACACCUACGGUCAGACACCAGGCCACUUAGCCGCAAUGUUUGGCCACAGAAGUAAUUAUGAUCUCUUGGAACAACGAGAGACGCAGAACGCUACUUGCCGUGCGGGCACCACCGCUGUGCAAGUUAAAAAAAACUUUAAGAAAUUUUUCAGCAAGUAUUCCAAACACAACCGCAAAUUACAUUUACCAUCUGACCACCAUGAUCCCAAAAGCAUCACAAGAAAUCUUGUGAAAGCCAUAAGGUUGUCAAAGCUUCAGGAAAUGGCUAAGCAGAUAGCUGUAGAUCUAUCAAAGGGCGAGGCCCUUGAAGUAAAGGAGACAAUCUUAUCAGAAAUAGGCACCAUCAUGAGUAAGGUAUCAGCUGCUAAUCACACCUACCGCGGUGAUCUCAGGCUGGCAGGCAGUUCAAGAGACGGCUCCAAGUUGUACACACCCAACGAAUUUGAUAUAAACCUCGUGAUUCACGAGGAUGAUAUUGAAGUAAAUGUUAGUAAGAGAGCGAAGGAAGAAGCCUCAUUGAAAGGCUUGUUGCAGAUUAGUGUUAAGACUGACAAAGCCCACCUUCAGGGGAAUAGAUUUAUGGCCGGUCUAUAUGAGGAAGUGCACCACUGCCUUGCUGGUCAUAUCUUAGAAGACAAAAGAUUGAGCCUGGUGCCACCGGGUCUUACCAGCACGCAGGUGGGCGUGGCUCUUGCCUUUGCCUGGCAGGGACAAGAGUAUCCACUGCUGCUGAUUGACGUGGACCUGGUGCCAGUGCUAGAGGUGCCGUGGGUGGAACAAGUUUCAAGACCCUUCCUCACUCCCGAGGGCACCACGACCAUGCAGCUCAGUAAUGCUGCAGACGGUACAUGGCGUUGCAGCUUUGCCUUAACAGAAGCAAAGGUGCUGGAGACCUUAAGGCCCGCAGAACACCAGGUACAACUGAUGGGAAAAGUACUUCUUUCCCGCCUCAAGGCAGAACCCUGGAUGCCUCAGCACAAAAAGAGGUUUUUCAAAUGGUUUUCCACACGUGAGUGGAACAUUGCUGUGCCAAGCGGGUUCUGCUUCAAGAACGCGCUCCUGCGGUGGGUAGAAGAAAGGCGAAGGGAGGAAGUGGCACGGGGACGGGACGGUAACCAUGCCCAGGAUUUAAGGGCUGGGCAGGAGGGGGACCAUCCCAAGGAGUUGGGGGCUGGGCAGAAGGGGAACUACUCCCAGGAGUUGGGGGUUGGACAGGAGGGGUACCAUUUCCAGGAUUUGGGGACUGGACAGGAGCGGGACUACAGUCAGCAGUUGGAGGCGGGACAGGAGGGAGGCCAUAGCCAGCAGUUGGGGGCUGGACAGGAUGAUGAUGCACAGGAGUCGGGGGCUGGGCAGGAGAGGGACCCUGGUCAGCAAUACUUGGUGGGAGGAGAGGGAGCUCCCUUCAGAUGGUUGGUGCAGGUGUUUAGACUAAUGUGUGCAAAUCCAGUAGAAUCAAGAGAGCAUUUGGCAACUCAAAACAGCUCCGCCUAUUUUGGAGGAGAUUGUGAGGGGCGGAAGUCUGGGGAAGGGGCGCCCAUCAUCGUGCAGUGUCUGGAGGAGGAGUUGGAAAAAUUGUCUUCUUCCUCGGUCAGAGCCAAGACAGGAAGGCCAUGGCGAGGAAAAGGCAAGACAGCCAGGCCGUUGCACGAAAAACCGAUGAGAACCAGACAGCAGCAAGGAAAGUUUUAGCAGCACAAGAUGCAGCCCUGUAACGUUUAGCAGUGAGUUGUGCCACGUGUUGUAAGGCCCUAAUACAUGUAGAAACACAA